AUGUAUAUAAGGCCGCAAAAUUUUAGUACGACUCAUCACCCGACCAAGUCCAGUGACAACCAUUCAAACGAAGAGAAAAUGCUGAAGCUUGUCUCCAUCGUUUGCCUUUUUGCCUGUACAUUCGCAGGUGAUUAUAACACUUAUAGUCACUAUUCCAAGCAUGACGACUAUUAUCACAAGCCGUAUGGACCAUUAGGUGGAGUCGGUGGAGUAGGCUCAGGAAUUGUUGGCUCUGGUGGUGUCAUUGGAGGACUCGUCGGUCUGGGUGGUGGAUCUGCAGCUGCUAGUGCCGCCGCUGCAGGAAAUAGCGCAGCAGCAGCUGCUGCUGCUGCAGCUGGUCGAAAUGCUGCCGCCGCUGCUGCAGCUGCUGUAGGACAAAAUGCUGCCGCCGCCGCUGCAGCUGCCGCCGCUGGACAAAAUGCUGCUGCCGCCGCUGCUGCUGCAUCUGCAAGUGGAUUCGGAUCAGUCCCAACCUUUCCAUACUAUGGUACUCCCUACUAUGGAUUCAAUUUAGGAGGAGGAUCAGCUGCUGCCGCUGCUGCUGCUGCAAGCAGUGGCUCAGCUGCCGCCGCUGCCGCCGCCGCUGCAUCUGCCAGCGGACUUGGAUCAUUCCCAACGUUUCCAUACUUUGGUGCCCCCUACUAUGGAUUCAAUCUGGGAGGAGGAUCAGCUGCUGCUGCCGCCGCUGCUGCCAGUGGUGGUUCUGCUGCUGCCGCUGCUGCUGCUGCAUCUGCCAGUAGAUUUGCAUCAUUCCCCUAUUAUUAUGGAAACCAAGUUAGUUUUCCUUACUAUGGAUUCAAUCUAGGAGGUGGAUCGGCUGCUGCAGCCGCCGCUGCCGCUGCUGGACAAAAUGCUGCCGCUGCCGCCGCCGCCGCCGCUGGACAAAACGCCGCUGCUGCCUCCGCUGCUGCUGCAUCCGGAAGUAUAUUCAACGGACCUAUUUUUGGUGGCAUCAGACAUAAAAAGACCUAUUAAAGAAAAGUGACGUCGUCUUUUGCUUGGUUUUUAUAGAACUUAUAAAAAAUAAAACUGAUUAAUGUU